UCUCUCACCCUAAUCUCUCCGGCCUACUCAAACUGCUAAGAUGUUGCGCCGACAUAGUCCCUUAUCCAAUAAACACUUACUGGUAUCGGAUUCGGACACAGAAUCCGACAACCCAAGCAGUGACUGUGACUCUGAGACACUGAAGCAAAAUAAAAAGGGAUGUCAAAAAAGGAAGACAACUAAAAAAGAAAAAAUUGUUGUCGAAGAAAGUAGCCGAAAUGUGAAGGCAUUGAAGGAAGAUCCAGAAUCAAUGGUGGAGCACGCAAAAAGGUAUCAAGAAUUCAUGAAACAAAUUCCAAUCCCGACAACAGCUCGUGGGUCGACGUCAGAUAAUGAUGAUCAUCUAUUCAUCACAUGGCAGGGAUUAGUGAAAUCCAUGAAGCAGUUGUACGGACAGCCAUUGCACUACCUAACCCAUGUUCUUGUGAAGCAGUGGGAUCAGUCAAGGAUUGGUGCAGAGGAGGAAGACAAGCCAGUGGACAACAUUAUUCAUCGUAACAAGGCUGAGGCCAUCGUUUGGGACGUGGAAGAAAUCCACAGGCGUUGCACCUCUCAUCUCCACCUUGCUAAGCUUUGGCUACAAGAUCCCGAUUAUCAUGCUUUUGUUGAUGAAGUCAUCCCGCCGUCUUAA